AUGGCUCUAGGAACUAAUUUCAAGCCUCAAAUAGCUACAUUAUUGGAUCAAAAUGGUGAAAGAAUUAUUGGGGAUUUAAAUCACAAUAUUAGAAAACCUCCAAAAGAUCAUUCAAUUAUUCGCCAUUGCAGCAGUAACGUAUGGUUGGCUAAAUCGGUAUUUGAUGGGCAUGGAGGAAUUGAUGCGGCAUCAUUUACCAAAAUAAACAUUCUUAAGCUAAUAGUUGAAGAUUCACAUUUUCCAUCCAACAUUAAGAAAGCUAUUAAGAGUGCAUUUGUGAAAGUGGAUCAUGCAUUUGCAGAUACUACUUCACUUGAUAGUUCUUCAGGCACCACAGCAAUUGUUGCCCUUAUUUUGGAAAGGGACUUGAUAGUUGCCAAUGUGGGGGAUUCUCGUGCCGUAAUGGGAAAAAGAGGUAAAGCCAUAGAACUUUCCAAAGAUCAUAAGCCAAACAGCACUUCUGAAAGAUUAAGAAUUGAGAAACUAGGUGGUGUGAUCUAUGAUGGAUACCUCAAUGGACAACUAUCAGUGGCACGUGCUCUUGGGGAUUGGCACAUCAAAGGUUACAAAGGUAAUUCAAUGUGCCCAUUAAGCUCAGAGCCAGAAUUAGAAGAGGUUGUAUUAACAGAAGAAGAUGAGUUCUUAAUAAUGGGGUGUGAUGGAUUAUGGGAUGUGAUGAGUAGCCAAUAUGCUGUGACAAUGGUGAGAAAAGAGCUGAUGAAACACAAUGAUCCAAUGGAAUGUGCAAGAGCUCUUGUUUCUGAAGCACUUCAACGCAAUGCAUGUGACAAUCUCACUGUUUUGGUCAUUUGUUUCUCCAUGGAUCCACCUCCUAAGAUUGAAAUCAUCUCCAGGUUACAUAAGAGGAGGAGUAUUUCAGCUGAAGCCAUUGACGUUCUCAAGGGUUUGAUCAAUGCCACAAGUUAAAUAUAUAGAGAGAAGGACAAAUAGAUCCAUGACCUUUUGUUCCGCGGACAUUUUUGUCCCUAACCAUUGAAAAAUACUUUUAAGUCCCUGACCUUCACAAAAUUUGGACGGAUCAGUCCUUCCGUCCAAAUACCUCCGUCAGGGAUUGAUCCGUCCAAAUGUCUUCGUUAGGGACUGAUCUGUCCAAAUUUUGUGAAGGUCAGGGACUUAAAUGUAUUUUUCAAUGGUUAAGGACGAAAAUGUUCACAGAACAAAAGGUCAGGGACUUAUUUGUCCUUUUCUCACAAAUAUAUAUUAAUUAAUUAACUAGUUAGUGCUUCAUUCAAUUUUGCAAGAGAAUGUUGUUUGUAUAUAUAAAGGGAUUAUUAUAUUUAUAUGAAGA